GCUAAUCUGCAUAACUCUGUAUUUAGCGCUGUGUCUGGUCGUUGCGGGGCAAAAAUAUUAUUUUAAUCAUGGGUUAGUCGAUCAGUAAAGAAAAAAUGUUAGAAGUAGAGGAUUUUUCGCAGCGUGGAGAUGCUCCGGCAUUGGCUAUCAUUCAAGACAAUGCGCGAAAGAAAGCCUUUAGACAAGUUGUUGAGACCCAAGAAGAACUCACUCGAAUUCACGAACGGGUUACAAGGACUAUAGACGCGUACGAGCUGAGCGAAAAAUUGUCCGGACAUCAACUCGACGACAAAGAAGUCGAACGUAUCGCCGAAGAUUUUAUCCGAGAGCAAGCGACUUUGGAAUUUGUGGACGAUAUGACGCAGCUGCUAAUUAUAUUAUCAGACCCAGUAGCUAAGCGAAAGUAUCAACAGCAAGUUGCAGUUUUUAUCGUUGGAUUUGAAAAUCUGUGUGGACGUAGAGCCAGGCUUUUAGCCCAGUUACAAGAGUUUUUCUCACAGAAUGGUAGAAAUGAAGAUCAAUUUGACAUAGAACCUCCAGACUUUGAUAUUGAAGAUGUUGGUGUGCAAGUCAGAGAGGCCCUGGACAAAGCAGAAAAAGCAACUCAGAGACUGGCUACAGUCUCAAAAGAUGUUAUCAAAGCUUUAGAAGUAGCAAAUCCAAAAGAAACCAAAAAGGGAAAAAAGAAACUUGAGAGAGCUCUUCAGCAGGCACAACAAGAUAUUUUGUCUCUGACUGAAAAACUGAUCAGAGUACAAAAUGAUCUUGAAGAGAGUGAGGGCAAGAUGUCCCAAAUGUAUAAGUCUAUGGAGAUGAAACAAGUGGAAAUUGAAAGGCUUAAGGUUCAAGGGGAAAAUGCAAAGAAAGCUAAUGAGACAGUCAAAGAGCUGAAAGUAGAGCUUACUGUCAAAGAUACAGACCUUCAAAGAGCCAACAAGACGAUUCAAGAACUUGAGCUUAAUCUAGCUCAUUUAGAGGAUAAGCAAGAGAGAGACUUUGAAAGAAACAAAAAAAUGAAAGAAGAAAACCAGAAAUCUAAGGAUACAUAUGAAGAAAAAAUUCGGGAUCAGCAGCAGUAUAUAGCAGAUCUGAGAUCAGAAUUGAAACAACAUUAUGAUGAACAAGUCAAGGAAUUGGUGGGAGGCCAUCAGAGAGAACUGACCAAAAUUCAGAGUGAUCACAAGGUUGAGCUAGAUAGGAUGCAAAAGGCACUUGAUGUGGCAAGAAGAAAAAGUGAAGAGCUUAAAACUGAGUUAUCAGAUUCCAGCAAGCGUAACUCCAUAGCAGCUGAUUCUGGAAGCAAACGAAGUAGUCUGUUUUCACCAGAGAGUGAUUUUGGUGGAGAAACUCCCCGAAAAUUAUCAAUGAAGUCUUCAGCACAGGCUGUCAGACUCUUGAACAAAGGAAAACAGAGUCUGCAGAGUGAUGGAGGAUCAGUUUCAGACCUGAGUGACAGUUCCUCUACUCCAAUAAACAAGUCAACAACACCGACCCAAACAUCACCAUCUGUGGAGAUUACUCAAGAAAAACCUGGUGAAAGCCCUUCACGGAAGUCUUCUCUUUCCCAUAAAGAAUCAAAAACUGACACCAAAAAGAGCAGUGCUAAAGAGAGGAAUUCUACAGGGACAACAGAAAAACAGUUGAAAUCAAAAUCCCCAGAUAAAACACCAGCCACUGUCGAACCAUUUGAGAAAACAGACACAACGGGGGAAAGUUCUGAAGUGAAACAAGUUGUUACAGUAGAGGCAACAAAUAGUCAAGUUGGCUCUGUGAAAGUUGACAUGGUCGACAUUGGUAUUCAAAGUGAGACGGAAGACUUGAGUGAUAGCGAAAGUGCUACACAGCAAACAGGAAGGAAGCCCACCGUAUUGCAAGUUGUUCCAGAAGUUGAGGAGGAACACGAGGACGACGAUGAAUUGGAAUCGCGAUCUCAUGUUUAUCUCAUAAAGAAACUAGAAGAUUACAAGGUCAAGGCACAGGAAAGGCAGAAAAAGCUGGAACUAGAGCUUGCUGAAUUAAAGAACAAGUAUAUGAUGAAAACAAAUUCUUUGAUU